GCCUCUCUGCCGCCCCCUGGUGACCAUGCAGAGUCUCUGUGCGGUGGUCGUGGCGCUGGCCGCUGUCGCCCUCAGCUCAGCGGACUUGGACACACACAGACCCAGACAUGACUCCAACCUGGAGAUCUACAAGCGGCUGUUUGAGACCAAGAGGAAAGAUCAACUGAACGCUCUGAAGAACCUGGUGGAGCUGAACGACAUUAACCAGCAGUACAAGAUCAUAGACAUCAUGCUCAAAGGACUCUUCAAGGUGUUGGAGGACUCGAGACAAAUCCUGGUUACGGCCAACAUGCAGCCUGACGACCCGUUCCCCAUGGACGACAAGAUCAAAGAAGCUUACUCCCAUGUGGUGGAGAAUACGGCGUUUUUCGGCGACGUGGCGUUGCGUUUCCCCCGUAUCGUCCACCACUACUAUGACCGGAAUACCGACUGGGGUGGUCUGCUGCGCUGGGGGCUGAAUUUCUGUAACCAGACGGGGGUUUUUACCGGAGGAGCCCACCAACAUGUCCUCACUCUUAUGUCACAGGAGCUGGGAAUAACCGAGAAAACGCCAGACUUUUUAAACCCAUACCGCACAGAGAGAGACGAUGUGCUUCACACAGCCGAGGCCUUCCAGAAGAUCCUGAGGGAGGAGGAGAAGAGGAGGAGGAAGGAAGAGAAGAGGAAAGAAAUCCGGAAAGGUCCUCGUAUAUCACGCUCUCGCACCGAGCUAUAGCGCCGCACCUCGGCGCUUGUGCAGAGCGGCAAAGAGGAGGAGGAGGAGGAGGAGAGGAAGGAGCACACGCACAGUCCACAAGGGUUGGCUUGACUUGUCGACUCAGAUGACAGUGACGGAAAUUAAAGCUGCCCUCACUGGUGCAGAAGCCUGGUGCUCUGUUGUGAAGAAGAGGAGCCCUCGAUGUGACACAACAAAGUAAAACACAGGUGGAUGUUAGUCUGAUGAGGGGCUGAGGCGCUGUGCUCUCAGUCACUUGUAAUUCGUAAAUUUGACGUGGUGAAAGGGGUUAAAGGUGAAAUGAGGAGUUUUAAAAAAUAAAUAAAUAGGGAAACUCAUUUUUGAUAACUUGAGGAUUACAGUAUUGUACUUUGGAAUAUAAGUAAUUUCAAUAAAUUCUGCUUAAGAACUUUGCAAACCCCCACCGUGCUGUGUCUGGUCUAGAUUUAAUGUCUCUAAAGCCCAACUGCUUCAAAUACGCGUGGUUGCCAAAUAAAUAUUUGACCUCACCUUAUUGAAAUGCAGCUUCAGUUUCUGAAAAGGUUCAGUUUGAUGCGAUGAGGGAAACAAGAUUUUAUUUACAUUUUUUAUGAUUUCUUUGAAGUGAGAUUUGUCGGAGAGUUAUCGCUGCUGCUCCGAGUUGUAAUCAUGUCUCUUAUAUUUGUUUGCCUGAAGGACGAAAAAAACCUUUGGUUCAAAGUCAUUCUGAAUAUUUAAUUUCAUUGCCAUCUGAGUGGAUCAUCAGCCAUGCUCCCUUUUUACUUUGAUACUCUUUGUGAUUUCUUUUUUCAGACCAAUCCUUGUAGUUAUUUUAUUAAUCACUAGUUAAUCACAUUUGUUUUUUUCCUUUAUGUGAAGAUCCGUCAACACCACAGUGUGUGACUCCUCAUCCUGCUGCAGCCCCGCUCCCGUUUCUUUUUCUUUAUCUUUUUCUUUUUCGUCUUUGCUGGAAAUUGGUAGUAAAAUAGUUUAACGACUGUUAUCAAACUAUAUGUAUAUUCAGAGAGAGAAUAUCACUGUUGCAGAAUGAACAAGCCAUUUUGUUAUUGAAGAAAUAAAGUGACUCUGAUACGUA